GGGCCGAUAACUCGAUAUAAAAAUCCCCAAAUCCCCACACGUCCAUCGUUUCCCCUCUUCCCCCACCCCAAACCCACCCCGCGUUCCUCGUGCGUGCGCGCGCAGAACCCCGAGACCUCGGCAGCCAUGGCCACCGGCGGCGACCGCGCGGCGGAGGAGCUGGUGUCCGUCGAGAUGCCCGCGCCCGAGGGAUGGACCAAGAAGUUUACUCCCCAGAGCAGGGGAAGAUCUGAGAUUGUUUUUGUUUCACCAACUGGAGAGGAAAUUAAGAACAAGAGGCAGCUGAACAGCUAUCUGAAGGCAAACCCUGGAGGCCCCACUUCAUCCGAGUUUGACUGGUCAACUGGUGAUACCCCAAGGCGUUCAGCUCGGAUUAGCGAGAAAGUGAAGGUAUUUGAUAGCCCUGAGGGUGAAAAGAUACCAAAGCGUAGUAGGAACUCAAGUGGAAGAAAGGGGAAGCAAGAGAAAAAAGAGGAUCCUGAAACUGAAGAAGACAAAGAAGCUGAAGCUGGCAAGGAGGCCCCUAGUGAAGAUGUUGCAAAGAGCACUGAUGUGGAGAUGACGGUUGCUGAGGCGAUUGAUGCUGCCAAGAGCACUGAUGUGGAGAUGAAGCCUGCCGAGGCGAAUGAUGCUGCAAAAAACGCAGAUGUGGAGAUGAAAGUUGCUGAAGAGGUGAAAGCUGCUCCUAGUGAAGAUGCAGGGAAGACUGAAGACUCCACUCCAGCGCCUGUAGAACACAAGGAAGAUGUCAAACCAGCUGAGUCUGAUGUCGCUCCGGCACCAGCGGCGGAGGACAAGAAGGAAGAUGUCAAACCAGCUGAGACUGAUGCCCCUCCAGCACCAACAGUGGAAGACAAGAAGGAAGAUGUCAAGCCAGCUGAGGCCGAUGCCCCUCCGGCACCAGCAGUUGAAGACAAGGAAGACGCUAAGCCAGCUGAGGCUGAUGCCCCUCCGGCACCAGCGGUUGAAGACAAGGAAGACGCUAAGCCAGCUGAGGCUGAUGCUGCUCCGGCACCAGCGGUGGAAGACAAGAAGGAAGAUGUCAAGCCAUCUGAGGCUGAUGCCGCUCCUCUGGUGAGUUCGGAGAAGGUGAAGACAGAGGAAGCUCCUCUGGUGAGUUCGGAGGAGGUGAAGACAGAGGAAGCUCCUCCGGUGAGUUCGGAGGGGGCGAAGACAGAGGAAGUAGCCCCUCCAGCGAGCAAGCCAACUGAGAACUCAGUUGCUGCUCCCAGCGAGCCUGCUAUUGCUCCUGCACCUGCUGCAGUAUCUGAAACCAAAUCAGAUGCCGCCGCAGUAGACAGCCAACCUGGCGCGGCCACCAAUGAGUCGCCGUCCGCCGUCAACAAUGGGCAGCUGUCGCCUGGCGCCUCGACGGUGAAGUGCACCUGAAGCAGCUGCCCCCUCCUCCGAGCCGCCGUCUCCUAGGAUCAUUCAACAUUCGCAUUGUAAUCAAUCAGCCUCUGGUAAGCAUGUUAAUUUAGCCAGUCUGACGGUACUGGGUGAUGAGAACCGGUAAAGUAGGCUCUGCAUUUAGUUACAUUUUGUAUGGCCGGCGUUCGUCACCGUGCCCGGCGCGACAUACCUGUACCCCACCCCCACCCCACCCCACCAUAUCGUCUGUUUGUCUAACUUGUUAAUGUUAGGGACAUAUAUACCGUUGUCUGUUUGUCUGUGUCUGUUUAUCAUGUACCCGUGUUGUAUUGUGUUUGUUAGACCUGAAAUACCCUCUGUAUGUUGCUGUUUAUCUCAAUGAAUAAUGAUGAGGGUUUCUGUGUA